AUGAGUUAUACAGCAGCAGCUCUUUCAUUUAUGUUUGAAAAUCUUGCAAAGCCCAUUGUACUUACAGGAUCACAAAUCCCAAUCUUCGAGACACGAAGUGAUGGCCGAGACAAUCUUAUUGGAAGCUUACUCAUAGCAGGGCAAUACCAUAUUCCAGAGGUUACUGUUUACUUUCGAAAUCGACUUUAUCGAGGAAAUCGUGUGACCAAAACCGAUAGUGAGGGUUUAAAUGCAUUUGAAUCACAUAAUUUUCCAACAUUAGCAGAAUUUCGAACUAAAAUUGAAGUUAAAUGGGAUUUAAUAGUCGAUCGAUCAUCUGAAGGUCCAUUUAAUGUUCAUACAAAUUUGAAUCGAAAUGUUUCACUUCUUCGUCUUUUUCCUGGUAUAACAUAUUUAACAGUACGCCAAUUUCUUGAACCACCGAUUCAAGGUGUUGUUUUCCAAACAUAUGGAUCAGGAAAUUUACCUACAAAUCGACCAGAUUUAGUUGAAGAAUUACGUAAAGCAGCUGAACGUGGUGUUCUUAUUGUUAAUUGUACACAAUGUGCAAAAGGAAGUGUUUAUUAUGCGUAUGAAAGUGCAUCAUCAUUACAAAACAUAGGCGUUUGUGUAGGAUCAGACAUGACAAUAGAGGCUGCGCUAAUGAAAUUAUCGUAUGUCUUGGGCAAAUAUUCAUCAGAUACCAAACUAAUGAAAAUGAAAAUGGCUGAAAGUUUACGAGGUGAAAUGUCUGCAGAUUCAUGUAAAAUAAAAUGUCCAACAAUGAAUCUUGAUUGGAUAUUAAAUGCAACCAAUGAUGAAUCGAAUGAGGAAUCGGCUCAAUUCCGUAAAUCACUAUUACCUUGGUUAAUUGCAACAUGUGCUCAAACGGAUGAUAUAACUACCCUAAAUCAUAUACACAAAUUUCAAAGUGGUAUUAAAUUUAAUAUUAUAUUACCAUGUGGUUCAAUGCCACUUCAUGUUUGCGCUAAACAUGGUGCAAUAAAAUGUGCGGAUUUACUUCUUCGUAUUGCAAAUAAUGAAAAUCCGAUUGUUAAUGAACCUGAUCAAGUUGGUUUCACCGCAAUUUUUUAUGCUAUUCUUCAAAAGAAUGAACCUAUGAUUGAAUUAUUAGUUCGUAGUGGUGCAAAAUUAACAGCAACAUUAAAACCAAGUGAAAUAGGAAUGUAUUUAUGUAAUUGUGUUAAAAAUAAUCAAGUUGAUCAAUUAAAAUCAUGGCAUAAAGCAGGAGCGAAUCUUGAUCAAACUGAUUAUGAUGGUCGAACGCCACUUUUAUUGGCUGUAAAUUAUAAUUCUAUUGAUUGUGUUCAUUAUUUAUUAGAUAAUGGAGACAUCGACAUCUCAUGGUCUGAUAGUCGUGGCCUGACACCAAUCCAAGUUGCUAAACAACGUGGUUUUGAUAGUAUUGUUCAACUACUAUCGUCCUUUACAAAAAGUCAAUAA